GCGAGGCAUAGUAGGGGAGACAGCUGUAAUUGAGGUUAUCAAAAAGUGUGACUGGAAUACCUUUGAGUGUAUGCUCAAUUUUGUUAAAAGCAUAAAAAGGAUUAUAUAAACGGUUUAUGGAACUCAGAUGCAGAAGGUACACCGUAGUGCCACUUGAGGUGCAACUGUCGAAGCCACUCUGCCACUACACUACUGUCAGAGUCAGCUGUCAAACCUGUGCGGGGAAGAAUCUGACGAUCAAAGGCAAAAGAAGAAGAGGAAGAAGUAAACGUGCGGGAUGUCAGGGAGGCCGAUCGACGACCCGACGACGACGACGCACGUCAGCCGAGAGAUGGACCGCGCGAAGUGAAGUCUCUCCUCUGUCUUGGCUCGCGAACGUAUUGAUGACUGCCUAACUCCCGAGUGUUUCGUUUACAAUCUCGUCCAAGCUGCUUCUUGAACAUAGGGCGUACAUAGGCGUGUAAUAAUCUAUGAAUUUAGGCGUAUUCAACAGAGUUAAUCUCAAGGAUUCCCAAGGAGGGAUGUAUUCAGAAUGGGCCUCACUGAGCACUCUGAUCCAACAAGGCUCGGAGGAGAGUCAGAGCGUGCUGGAGAAAUUCCCGCCUGGCGCGGGGAAGGAGGUCGCGCUGUCCAUAGUCCGGCAGCUCGCCGCGAACCUCGGUAUCACCCAGGCGGGAGAGCCUAGCCCGCUCUCCACCGAUCGGGAGGUGCAAUGGUGCAUGGAGGUUAUAUGUUUCGGCCUGUCGUUGCCGCUGGCCGAGCACGACACCGUCAGGGAUUGCGUCAACAUAUACUGCGAGUGGCUGUCCGCCCUGUACUCGACGCCGAAGAUCUCUGUGCCCAGACCGAUCGUGGACGAUCCGAAUUUCUACGCCAGAAAGAUCAUAAGCCAUUUUCACAAUCUGUUCGUACCAAGGAAAGGCGAAGUCUGGCCUUUUCUGUAUCAGGAUCUAGGUACAGACACGAUAAAUCGUCAGGCUGUCCUGUGUCAUCGGGUGCUCAGGACUCUGCAGCAAAUCGCGAGGGGUCCGGCGACUCUGGAGAGAGAAACGUGGGAGAGUCUGCUGUUAUUCCUCAUCGGUAUCAACGACGCGCUGUUAGCACCACCGGCGACUAGAGAGGACGCGGGAGAGCAAUUGUGCGAGAGGGUGCUCGGUGUGUUGCUAGAGGUCUGGCUGGUCUCCUGCGAACGCAGUUUUCCUUCACCUCCGUUAUGGCGAACGUUACGAGAGUCCUGUCUACGGUGGCGUCACAGAUUGGCCCUAGUGGAGCAGUGGAACCGCGUGUGCCUCGCCCUCACAGCGAGGCUGCUGCACAUCAUGUACGGGCCAAUGUUUCCCGAAUUGAAAAUAAGCGAGGAAGACACGCAGCUAGUGCCACCCACUAUGUCGGACGAAGCGGUGGCGCAGGCAUGGUACAGACUGUUGCGUACCAUCGGCGAUCCCGUGGACCUGUGCAGACCCGCCGUCGUCUCGCAGACACAAGCGUUUCUGCAAUACGCUAUCGCCAGUCCUAACGUCAUAGAUCCGUGCCAGCAUCCGUGCUUGCAGAGCUUGCCGCAGAUAUUUCUGAAAGCUAUAAAGGGCAUAGCGGGCCAGGUAGACGCUUUCCUCGGAGUUUCACAGGCAUGCUGUUGGGAGGAAUGUUGCGUGUCCAACGUUACGGGGAACAGCGGCACCCCCGGCAGCGGGGGUGUCGGAUGGGACAGGUCGAGCGGUAGGGAUCAGCCCCAGCCUUCUCCCACACCUCCAACUCAGCGCAGACUUGCGAAAAGUUUCAGUGUCACUCCUUCUGCAGUCACUAAGGGGAUUCCGAAAGCGUCGCUAAUCGGAUUGACGACAAGCCGUGUGUCCAGUACACCGCCAAUGCUGAUAUCCAAUUCCGGACCAUCGUCCGCUUCGAGCACCGCAUCCAUGACCUCGCUCGGCCAGGAUAUCAGACCUCCUCUAGCUCCGGGACGACCCAAGUGUAACAGUAUACUGCAUCUCUUCGGCGAGUGGUUGUUCGAGGCUGCGUUUAUCGGUACCGAUGGUUGGUCGCAGAGUUUACCGCAACCAUCGGGCGCCUCGAAACGUCCGUCCUCGGUGCUCGUGGACGGGCCGAGCUCGCUGCAGGAAACCGUGAGCGACGUACCGUCGACGCUCUGCAUAGAUCGCUACGAGUCCGGCAGAGCGGAGGCGUUGGGCGCUCUGUGCAGGAUUUUCUGCUCCAAGAAAACGGGCGAGGAGAUCUUACCCGUGUACCUGGCUAGAUUUUACCAGGCGAUGUACCACGGCCUCAAAGUCGACGAGUCUCGCGAAUGUGGCGAAACAUUGGCGAGUAUUCUGCUGAAUUCGGCCGAUCUGUUCCGCCUCGAUUUGAACGGUAUACAAGUCCUGGUGCCGGCCGUGUUAUCCGCCCUGGAGGUGGUCCUACCGGAGAAGGAUUUGAAGCUGAAAUCCAAUAUAGUAUCGAAGCCGGAUCUGAGAAGGGCCUCAAUACAUCUGCUAAUAUCGAUGUUAACGCUGCCUCUGCAUUUUCAGAAUCUCGCUAUUAAGGAACUUCCGAUAUUUCCGGGCACAAAUUUCUCCGAAAAAUGUCCCGUAACUUUUGUACAGUUAAAAUCGAGACUCAUGAAUUUGCUCAUAAACGCUUUACAAGUGGAGACUGAUCCUCAAAAUACGCACAUGCUGUUGGGGGCUCUGUUAUUGAGUGUACAAGAUUCUGCAGCAGCGGAAGAAGUGGAGCAGGUCACACAACCCGACACAGUAGCUAGUGACUCGGCAACUAAUUUAUUAUCUUCAGUCACCAGCGAUUCGGCCAGUCAAAUAAGUAUAUCCAGUGAUCAGCGGUCAAUUGGCGAUGCCUCUGACAUUGCGACUCUUCAAGAGGAAUGCAUUGCGUUCGAUUCCGCCCACGCUCUUUUCGUGCGAGCAACGUACUUGGUGUGUCACCGUUUGAUCUCGUCGUGGAAGACCGACUUAAAUAUCUCCCUAGCGGCGCUCGAGAUGCUGUCUGGAUUAGCACGCACGCGCAUUCGCGAAACAGCAAGGAGACUCACAGACGCUCUGGAAUGCAAGAGAGCGGUAAAGUGGCUGUGCGACUACAUUUCGUAUCAAUGUUGGCGUCCACCCCCGGCGCACUCUAAGGAUCUCCACUCGUCUAUCGUCGCGGCGUUCAGCUGCUUGACAACUUGGCUAACUGCUCAUCCGCAAUUGCUGCAGGACAAAGACUGCUUGACCACGGUAUUAGAAGUCGUUGAGCUCGGAGUGUCCGGCACUAAGAGCGUCGGGAAGCCGGGAGAGCCUAUCAAGAUGAAAGACGAAAAGGAGCUGAAACCCGCGUCCAUGCGCGUGAGAGACGCCGCCGAUGCUCUUCUUACUAUUCUACUGGAACAGGUUGGCUAUUUUCCAAGUGCCUGCGGGGCGCAGUCGCUCUCGUCACUGCUGGAUGAAGUAUCGCUGCUUCGGCACUGCAACAGCUGGACGGGCGGACGCGUGGCACGGCAAGCGGCCGUCGAGAGAUUUCGUUACUUCGUGUCCGAGAACGCGAUCGUGUUGGCGCUGUUAGAGGAACCGUUGGGAAACGAUCAGGAUCCUCAGCCGACCGUGACGGUUCUAAUCCGCGGACCGUUCGGCAGACACGCGUGGACGAUGCAACUCCGUCACUUGCCGCGUCAUCGAUCCAGCAUCAGAAGUAUAAACAGCAAUCCCGGACGACCCUUGCCGUUGGCCGAAGCGGCACCACGGACGGAUUAUAAACCGAGAUUCUUCCCGGAUAACGUCGAUCGUAUUCCUCACUGUAAAGUGGAUGAAUCGAUACCGAGUCUCGAGGCAGUUAUGAGCGACAAUGACGCGGUACGAGAUGAACAUCAGAUCCUCGCGCAGCUCUUGGAACGGCAGAUAACCCUCGAGUCGAAGUACGACAACGGUAACGUAAGAGUUGUCGAGGACAAAACCGACGAAUGCGUGCCGCCCCAGGUUUGUCACGAGUUCCAAACGGCUCGUCUGUUUCUGAGUCAUUUCGGCUUCUUAAAUAUGGAGCCUGUGGAGAACGAGGAAUCCAGAAACAGCGGGCUAAUCGCGCUUGAUCCUACCAUCCCUGGAUUCUGCACGGAGUUGGAGACGCUGGACAACAUCAGUCCGCGAACGUGCGACACCGUUCAUAUCUUUUACGUAAAAGCGGGUCAAAAGUCUGCCGCCGAAAUAUUAUUAAACGUGCUGCACGAGGAGAACGUGUCGCCAAACUUCCUGGAAUUCUUAAGCUCUCUCGGCUGGCCCGUUUCCGUGUCCGGUCACGCGGGCUGGACGGGCCACGCGUCCACCUCGUGGAGAGUAACGGCGCAGGUGAACGUGCCACAGCCGGCUCACAGCAAUCACGGCGGGGCGCUUUACAACGGCGACACUCACGUGCUGUAUUGGGCGGACGUGAGCUCGGAAAUUGCGUUCGUCGUGCCUACGCAGUCGUACCUCAUGCCCAGCUCGGAUUCGUUGGAGGAGACCAGUUACAACAGCGACAUCAGCAACAGCGGACAAGCGUGGUUCGAGCGGAGCAUCAGCGAAAGCACGGACAAUCGCAGCAGCGGGACGUCACAAAACACAACGCAGAAUUCUAGAACGAUGUCGCUCGACCUGGAGAAACAGCCGUCGAGCUUGCCGACGAAUUCCUCGAGCGCCGAUCCCAUCAGGCCCAGGAGAACGAUGAAGCAAGGCGUGCCGUCUCAGACUAAUACAAAGAUCAUGGUCGUGUGGUUGGAGAGUCUGGAGGAUCAUAUCCAAUUCCCGAUCGGCGAUCUGCUACCUUCCACCUACACCGGACUGGAACAAGCGAGGACGCUGCAAGCUACCGAUGUGCACGUUAUCUUUCUUCAAGCUCUUGCUAACGGACUGAUGCGGGUCAGGUUGCAGGGACCGGUUUCUAGAAUCAACUUAGCAACGCCCCUAGUCGACGGUAUGGUAGUAUCAAGAAGAGUCUUGGGGACUCUAGUUAGACAAACGGCUCUUAAUAUGGGACGUAGAAAAAGGCUCGAUAACGACAGUUAUCAUCCACCGCACGUGCGAAGACGUCUAAAAAUUCAAGAGAUGGUACAAAAAUAUAAGAGAAAUUUAACGGAACCAGAGUUAUUGACGCUUUUGUUCAGCAGCACGCAAACUUAUCAAGUCAAAUAGGAAUUUUCAAGAAUUUCUAUGAACUUAAGUUCAUAGUUUAAUUUCUUUGAUAUCGUAACAAAGAAAAAUUGGUUUUUUAAGGAUGGAUCUUACAUCUCGUGUUAUACUAAACGAAGGUAAAGUUAUUAUCUUCUAUUAAAAUAGCCGAGAGAGGCGGCUAACGUUUACUUUAAAAAAUGUAAAUAAAUUUUUCUUCAUUACAAAUUUUAAGUAAAAAGCAGAACAAAUGUUUUAUAUCUGUAAUUAUUUCUUAUCGAAAGAUGUGUUCAUUGUAAAUAACAGUUCUUUAUUUUCAACAUUGUACUUUUUAUCAGAUAUCGCAUCUUGUAAGUUAAAAAUAAAAUAUUUGGAAGAUUGCAGUAAAGAAAAAUACUAGAUAAUUGAGUAAUGAAUGGAGAACACUUUAUUUACAUUUUUUAAUUGCUCUCGGCUUCUCAUGAAUUGACUUUAUCUCUUUAUAUACAUGUAUGUACAGAAAUUAGAUUUCUUUAAAUAUUUUGAAGAAUUUCAAUACAAAAUUUCCUAAUAAUAACUCCCGAUGACUCUGUACACACUUGUGAAAAUAAUUUAUUCCGAUAAGAGAAAUGAUAAGAAAGCUUUAGAACGUGUUCCGAGUUGUAUUUAACUAACAAAUUAUGUUUACUGAUAUAAAGAAAGUCACCUAUUACAAAGUAGAAAAUUAAUAUACAUGUCAUAAACGAACGUUUCGGAAGGGGGAUAUAUAUUUUUGUUAUAUGAUUUUUUAUAUGCAUAAUCGUGCAUAAAAAGCUUUAUAUAUUACUACUUGAAAAACCACACAAUUGUAAAUAACGCUGUAAAAUAAAUUAUAUCCGAAUUUCGUAUAUAAUUGAGAAAGCUACUUCGGCAUAUAUAAUUAUAUAAAUAUAAGACAGUGGAAAAAAAUGUAUUUUGUUUAAUUAGCUCUUAUCAUGUACAAUUAUAUUUUAUAUACAAAACUUGCCUUACACACAUAUACUUGUCAUCAGAUAAUUUAUAACAGAUCGCGUGUUGGAAAUCAUCAACAUUUAAAAAAACAAAUGAUCAAUUCCAAGAUCUUGAUCGUUUACUUCUUACGCAAUAGAUUGAAAACUUUAUGUAUACACGUGUGAUUACCUGAGCUAAGAAAAUAUCUACAGCUACAAUUCUCCUCUUGUUUUUGUACAUACGGAACUGUAAGAUGACUGUCAUAAUAAGAGAUACGUUUGAUAAGCUAA